AUAUUUAUCUCAAAGAUGCUUUGAAUGAUGGUGACAGAAUAGAGGAGUCCAAGUGGCUUCUAGGGCUGUGAAUAAGGGCCCCAUGGUCUGAGUACCAAGGGAAAGAUGCCAACUUUACUCAUACUGUGGCAGCCAAACCUUUUUGGAGGGAAUAAAGAAAUGCCGAAGGGUGUCUGGACUGGGUCCUAUCUGUAGACAUUCAGAUUUAAUUGCUGCGGGGUGCGGCUCAGUCAUCGGGUUCUAGCCUGCUCUAACCCCGUGAUGGCUGUGGACAUUGAGUGCAGGUACAGCUGCAUGGCCCCCUCCUUGCGCAGAGAGCGGUUUGCCUUCCAGAUCUCCCCGAAGCCAAGCAAACCCCUGAGGCCUUGUAUUCAGCUGAGCGGCAAGAAUGAAGCCAGUGGGACGGUGGCCCCGACCGUCCAGGAGAAGAAGGUGAAGAAGCGGGUGUCCUUUGCAGACAACCAAGGGCUGGCCCUGACAAUGGUCAAAGUGUUCUCUGAGUUUGAUGACCCGUUAGAUAUUCCACUGAACAUCACCGAGCUCCUGGACAGCAUUGUGAGUCUGACAACAGCAGAGAGCGAGAGCUUUGUGCUGGAUUUCUCGCAGCCCUCUGCAGACUACCUGGACUUCAGAAAUCGGCUUCGGACCGACCACGUCUGCCUGGAGAACUGCGUCUUGAAGGACAGAGCCAUUGCAGGCACGGUGAAGGUGCAGAACCUCGCAUUCGAGAAGAUGGUGAAAGUCAGAAUGACAUUCGACACCUGGAAAAGCUUCACAGACUUUCCCUGUUGGUACGUGAAGGACACGUACGCAGGUUCAGACAAGGACACGUUCUCCUUUGAAAUCAGCUUGCCUGAAAAAAUUCAGUCUUAUGAGAGGAUGGAGUUUGCCGUGUGCUAUGAGUGCAACGGACAGACGUACUGGGACAGCAAUAAAGGCAAAAACUAUAGGAUCAUCCGGGCAGAGUUGAAAUCCACCCAGGGAACAGCCCAGCCACCAAAUGGACCAGAUUUUGGAAUAGCCUUUGACCAGUUUGGAAGCCCUCGGUGUUCCUAUGGUCUGUUUCCGGAGUGGCCUAGUUAUUUAGGAUACGAGAAGCUCGGGCCCUACUAUUAGUGACGGCCUGGGAUGGAGCCGGGCUGAGUGGGUGCAGACGAGCCGAGCUGCAUCACCCCAGGAUGGAGAUGGAAGCCCAGAGAAAAGCUGAACUGCCAUCAGGCACAGUUUUCAAAAAGAAAGGAUCCUAGUCACUUUUUUUCUUCAAGCAGCCAAGCCAGCCAGGCUUAGAUCACAGAACUGGGUUCACACUCGGAGGAGAUGCGUGUGCCGGUCUGUUUGGCACCCGCGUGGUGGCAACGAGGGUCUGAGCAGGAUGGUGCUGGUAACGGUCUGGACAGGACCCAGGCCUGCAGGCAGCGCUGGCCAGGCCGGAGGAUGGUGGCUCAGUGACCAGGAGCCCCUCUCCCCUCGGGUGUGGGAAGUCAGUCCCCUGGAAAGCCCCCCGCCCCCUCUUCUUGUGGUCUUCCCCGGCCACCCAGGGCCUCCCCGCCUGUUGCAGCUGCCCCGUGUCUACGUGGGCUUCACACUUAUCCCUGUGCAUUUGAUUUUCUUCCACAGUUGAUCUGCAGUUCAGGAAAAGAUAAUAAAGGCAGAUCAGCUCAUGACGGAGACAAGCAUUUCCUUUUUCUGACCCCACUUAGAUAUCCCAGCAGAGGACGACACACCAGCUAUGAAAAGUCAACCGGCUCCUGUGCGGUGUCACCACCCAUGGCAGGCUGAUGCCAGGCAGGACAGUCAGGAGUGGGACACUUUUAGCUCCACCUCUUGGCGCUGGGGGGAGCUUUCUAAGCACACACUCUUACUUACCCUGAGUCACCCGAGGGCUCAAUUACAAGACUUGCUGUAACUUGCCAAGCUGGUUUGCCCGUGUCUCUUUCUUCACAAAAGGAUUUUAGGAUCUCUUUUCCUGGAGAGUCAUCUUUUACGCUGUGCUCAGGACGUUUGGAUUUGCAGAUUAAGUGUAUCCUCGGCACCUUCAGGAAGUGCUUGGUUGUAUCUUGACUGUGAUUUACAACAUCCACGUUGUAAACAGCACCUUACAAGCCCCCACGGACUUUGAUUUGGUUGUUCUUACCUAUGGUGUGUGGGUACGUAAAGGGAUAGGGGAGAAGAACCUCACCGAGUUCUCAGAUGUCGUUUUCGCUGUUUGCCAACUCUGAAAUAUCAGAGAUUAUUUGUGCUUAACCACAUUGGACUAAAGCAUUAAAAGUCUGUUGGUUCAUACUGUUGUGAGACUCCUGGGACUUUCCUUGUCAGAUGGACCCCCAAACCCUGUGAUUUUUCUUGGGCAAAAUUGGUUGGUCCUUGGGGGUGUUUAAAAAUAUUUUUACAUGUGUAUUUGUAGGAGGUUGGGGUCUUUUUCUGUUCUGUUUUUGUUUUUGGAGCUUAGCUAAAUGACUGCCUCAUUUUUCUUUUGCCUGACCUUACUAAAGUGAGGUCUUCCUCAGGGAGGAAGGAAGAGGGAUGCCCCACUGCCUGGAUUUGGGGGCACAGCUCCUGGACUCUGCAAGCAAAGAGUCUUCUUUCGCUUGCAUUAUCCAGAUCAGUUGGAAGAGACCUCCCAGCUUCUGUGGCUUUGUAAAUUAGCAUCAAGCAGGUCUGGAGUGUCUUGGCUCCUAGAGUUUUGUGGUUGGGUUUUUUCUUUUUUGAACUUUAAAAAGUUUUGACUUUUUAAAUGCUCUUAAGUGGUGUUCCACGGAGUUCUUGUUCCUAAAACUGGCUGUGACUAGUCUGCAAUCUACUGCUUUAUUUUUUAUGUCUCUCUAGGUGGGCAGCACUGGGGGUUACAUGAUAAUUUAUGGGACAAUCACAUUUUUUAUUUUAUGCUGACACUGGGCAGAA